AGAUAUACAAGAAUGGACAUUGUACUCACAUGACCCAACUCAUUCAUCUCAUAGAGUGAAGGAUUAGUGGAGAAAAGGUGGCUAGGAAGUUAGAACCAAAACAGAAAGCUGUAAAUUUUGCUUAGACAAUAGACACAACACAAUACCAGAAGGGCAUCUUCAAUGGCUCUCAUAUUAAAUUUUCUGGUUUUGUUCCUGCAACUAGUUCCUUCUGUUAUUUGCCAAGUUGAAGAGUUUGUCAGCAUAGACUGUGGAGGAACAAGUAAUUACACUGACCCAAGUACAGGACUAGCAUGGGUUUCAGACACUGGAUUCAUUAGACACGGUAAGGCAGUUGACAUCAAGAAUCCUAAUGGAAACAUCCCACAGUAUCAAAGAAGAAGAGACUUUCCUGCAGACGGAAACAAGUACUGCUACACUUUGAGCACCACAGAGAGAAGGCGACACCUUGUCCGAGCAACGUUUCAGUAUGGCAACUCAGUAUCUGGAGAUCCAUACCCCAAAUUUCAGCUCUAUAUGGAUGCUACCAUGUGGUCCACCAUAACAGUUUUAGAUGCUUCAAGAGUAUAUGUUGAGGAGAUGAUUAUCAGGGCAGCUUCUACUUCCAUCAAUGUGUGUCUGUGCUGUGCUUCAACGGGCUCUCCUUUCAUAUCUACACUUGAAUUGCGCCCCUUGAACCUUUCACUGUAUGCCACAGAUUAUGAGGAUAGUUUCUACCUAGCAGUUGCAGUCAGAGUAAAUUUUGGUGCUCUGAGCAAGGACCCAAUUAGGUAUCCAGAUGAUCCUUAUGACCGAAUAUGGGAAUCAGAUCUAGAUAAAAGGCAAAACUUUCUUGUUGGGGUGGCUCCUGGAACAGAAAGUAUCAGCACCUCCAAGAACAUAAAUAUAAGAACACGGGAAUUCCCACCUGUUAGAGUAAUGCAAACUGCAGUCGUUGGCACUCAAGGCAGACUCAGCUACAGGUUAACCCUCGACGGUUUCCCAGCUACUGCUCGAGCUUUUGCAUACCUGGCUGAGAUUGAAGAUUUGGGUAAGAAUGAGAUUCGGAAGUUUAGACUGCAACAGCCUCAAGUACCUGGCUAUAACAAUGUGAUAGUGAAUAUUGCUGACAACGCCAACGGCAGCUACACUCUUUAUGAACCCAGCUACAUGAAUGUAUCUCUGGAUUUUGUACUGUCACUCGAAUUUGUCAAGACCAGGGAUUCUACCCAUGGACCACUCCUAAAUGCAAUUGAGAUAAGCAAGUAUGUACAGAUUAUCCCAAAGACAGAGAGCAAUGAUGUGAUGACUCUGGAUGCCUUCCGCUCCAUGUCCCCUGGAAGUGAUUGGAUUCAUGAAGAAGGUGACCCCUGUAUCCCAACUCAAUGGGAAUGGGUAAUCUGCAGCUCCAGCACUCCACCAAGAAUUACAAAACUUGCAUUAUCCGAGAAACAUUUGAAGGGUGAAAUCCCAGAUAAGCUUAAGCACUUGGAUGGUUUAACAGAGUUGUGGCUGGACGGUAACUCCUUAACUGAGUCAAUCCCCGACAUAAGUAAUCUUCAAAAUUUGACCAUUGUGCAUCUCGAGAACAACAGAUUGACUGGUCCAAUACCUUCUUACCUUGGAGAUUUGCCUAGCUUACGGGAAUUAUAUGUGCAGAAUAACUCUUUAAGUGGGGAAAUACCUACGACGUUGUUAACUGGAAAUUUGGUAUUCAACUAUGAUGGCAACCCUGAACUCAUUCAACGGGUACAGCACAAGAUGGAUCUUAAGUUGAUUCUUGGAACUUCAAUUGGAGUAUUUGUGGUGGUUGCAGUUUUCAUCCUUGGGAGUUUACUACUGUUGCAUAAUCUUUGGAAAAUGCCAUCUCAGGAGAAAAGUAAUUCUUUGCGCACAAUAUCCAAGCCUUCAGCUGCCUAUUCUCUUGUACAUGGUGGGUCAUUGAAGGAUGAAAGCCCAGAUGUGGCUUACUACAUCACACUCUCUGACAUAGAAGAAGCUACAAACAAUUUUUCUAGAAAAAUAGGGAAAGGAAGCUUUGGACCUGUCUAUUAUGGAAAGAUGAAAGAUGGAAAAGAAGUGGCGGUCAAGAUAUUGGCUGAUGCAUCUAGCCAUGGAAACCAACAAUUUACCAAUGAGGUUGCCCUCUUGUCAAGAAUUCAUCAUAGAAACUUGGUUCCUUUAGUUGGAUACUGCGAGGAAGCCCAUCAACAUAUUCUAGUUUAUGAGUAUAUGCACAAUGGAUCUCUGCAGGACUAUAUACAAGAUUCUGUUGACCAGAAGCGCUUGGGCUGGCUCUCCCGUCUUUCUAUUGCAGAAGAUGCGGCUAAAGGCCUUGAGUACUUGCAUACUGGGUGCAACCCAAGCAUCAUCCACCGAGAUGUCAAGACUAGCAAUAUUCUUCUCGACAUCAAUAUGAGGGCAAAGGUGUCAGAUUUUGGGCUCUCAAAGCAAGCUGAUGAUAAUCUCACCCAUGUGUCAAGUGUUGCAUGUGGCACAGUCGGCUACCUUGAUCCUGAGUACUAUGCUAAUCAACAGUUAACUGAAAAGAGUGAUGUCUACAGUUUUGGGGUUGUUCUUUUGGAGCUGAUAUCAGGAAAAAAACCUUUCUCAGCAGAAGAGUACGGUGCUGAAUGGCACAUUGUUCACUGGGCAAGGUCAUUGAUUCGUAAAGGGGAUGUGAUGAGCAUCCUAGAUCCUUCAUUAGCAGGUGAUAUUAAAAUAGAGUCACUUUGGAGGAUAGCUGAAGUUGCAAUCCUUAGUGUUGAGCCACAUGGAAGUUGCAGGCCAAAGAUGCAGGAAAUAGUUUUGGCUAUUCAAGAUGCCAUUAAAAUUGAAAAGGGAAGGCAGAGAAAUUACACAAGAUGCUCAAGCUCUCAGUCAAGGCAAUCUCCACACAUAAGUUCCCCAUCAGACUCUCUAGAAAUUGAAAGCUCUAACUUUUCAAGUGGUUGCAUUCUCCCAUCUGCAAGAUAACUGUAUAGUUGUUCGACAUUGGAAGCAUUGAUAUAUAUUUCAUAGCAAAUCAUACAGAAUUGUAACUACCCAGAAAAUGUAAAAAGUUGAAUUUAUGGUUGAAAGAUACACAGACCUUUGAUCUCAUACAACCAUAGGAUCUCAUCAACAAUUAUGCUACAAAAGGUAAUAGAAAAACUUUUUCUUGGCCUAAA